AUGUGCAGCGCUCUACCACUUUUGGCCUUUCUAGUCAUAGCCACAACGGCUUCAGCAAAGGAUGGAGAACCGGAACUACCCCUGUGUCCCACCAACAUUCAAUACUUUCCCCAGACCCUGCCCAUGCACUGCCGCAUGCCAGUUAAUAGUCCUUUGAGAUCUUUACAAAAUAUACAAAAUUUUCCUGGAAUGCCAAAGCUACCCAACAUGCCUACGCCGUACCCUCCACCGUUUUACCAAAGUCCAUCACCAGAUAAAGUUCCUCCGCCGCUUCCUUACCCUAUGCCUCCAGGAUUUCCUGCGCCAAUUUUCCCGCCCAUUAUAUCUCAACCGCAGCAGCCACAUAAGCUGCCAGUUAUCGUAAUGCCAUUUUACUCUCCUGAUAAAACUUUUCAUGAUGAAAAGAAGCCAGACAGACCAUCAAUUAACAAACCUUCGGAUACGGACGGUGAUGAUGAUAAAAGUUGCGACACAGACAUGAGCGGCACCGAUAAAUCAGAUGAUUCAUCCGGUGGCGGUGUGUCGUCAUCCGGGUGGUGGAAGCCAAAAAAGAAAAACUAUCGGAACUACAGACGAUCAGGCAGCAGAAGAUCAGGUUCGAAGAGAAGAAAACACGGCAGAAAGGAUUUGUUGACGCCGCUAAUACAAUAUGUAACCAAAGAUGGGUAUGUCAUAUUUGAGAAAGAAAUAUCUAAGUCUGAAGCGACUGACUGGUUAAAUGAUAAUAAUAAGAAUGAUGACGAGAUUUAUGAUGAAGAAGGUGAAGGUGAUGGUAAUGGUGAGGGUGAGGUUAUGAAUAACGUGGACGAGCCUGAGGCCCCGAGGGUGGAAAUGCUGCAGCAAGGAACGAGGAGGAUGCAAAAAGACAUAGAACAGCCUAAAGAGAAAAGAUACCAAGAAAUGACUACGACAGAAAGAAGUUCGACGAGAAGACAUCGCAGUAAGUUGAGAGACAUACUCAAGGAACAAAGAAGGCAAGUUAGGGUAGUAGCUGCUCAAGAUCCGUAA